GAGACCUCUUCAGUGCAGUCUCGCGUACACCUCUUUGCUGGACUCUGUCGAUCCAAGAAGAGUCCCAUACAGAUCACUGACAAUAACACAUUCGCAUCCAUAGUUCCUGAAGCAUGUCUUCCGACAAAGACGUCCUGCUCUCGAUGGGCUUCGAUCCCGCCCGAGUAGACUGGGCGGUCAAGGCAACGGGCGGACGCGGCCUCCAGCCCGCGAUGGACUUCCUCCUCGAGAACGACGGCAAGCCCGUGCCCGACCUCGCCUCCGUGUCCGCAGCCAGCGCGAGCUCCGGCGGGGGCGCGCCGAUGGACGUCGACGACGAAGACCGGGAGGAGCUGGAGGCGCUCCAGGCGGUGUACGGGAAGGCGCAGGUCGCGCCGGCCGGUGGCGAGUCGGUGGAAGCGCAGAGCAUCAAGUGCUCGCAGUGCGGCAAGGUCUUCAAGAACACCGCCCUUGCGAAUUACCACGCGGAGAAGAGCGGGCACGACCAGUUUGAGGAGUCGACUGAAGAGGUCAAGCCGCUCACCGAGGAAGAGAAAACGCAGAGGCUUGCAGACCUGAAGGAGAAGAUGGCAGCCAAGCGUGCCGUAAAGGCCAAGGAAGAAGCCAAAGAGCACCUUGCGAAUGAGAAUAUCCGGCGCAAGGCUGGCCGGGACAUGAACGAAAUACGGGAAGAACUCAAGGCCAAGGAGCUCAAGAAAGAUCUGGAAGCGAAGAAACGCGAGAAAAUCGAGGAGGCGCAGGCACGCGCCCGGGUCAAGGCACAAAUCGAGGCCGACAAACGCGAGCGCGCAGAGAAGGCAGCAAGGGAGAAAGCCCUGCGCGAAGGCAAGCCCGUUCCCGGAAGCUCUGCUGCGCCUGCCCCGGCCGCCCCAGCAGCCGCUCCUGCGCCCAAGACGUCAGGGAAGGACUACCCCGAGACGCGUCUGCAAAUCCGGAUGGCCAGUGGCGGGCAGCCGUACACGACGACGCUCCCAAGCGACUCCACACUCCGCGAGGUCGCGGAAUUCCUCGCGGCGCAGACACUAUCUGUUGAUGCGGAGACGGUGACGUUUGCGAUGCAUUUCCCGAGGAAACAGUUCACUCGAUCGGACCUGUCGAAAUCUCUGCGCGAUCUGGGGCUGACGCCGUCCGCGGUCCUGAUCGCAUCAUGAGGGUAUGUUAUCGGAUUGUUGCAAGGCUACUGGGAGGCCCUUCUGUUGUUGUGCGAAGCUGUAUCGAUAUGCUGAUGUAUGAUGUGUCUGGGAGGGAAUGAUCAUAGGUUGCAUUCUUUUAGCCUGCUCC